AUGGCAGCAUGGCUCGAUCUGGUCCGCGAGGACGGCGUAUGGUCCUUGGUAGAUACCCAUCGCCUGGAAGAGCUGGUGAAAGAGAUGCCAUAUCCUAACUGCCAGUAUCCCUGUCUGCUCUUUUUUGUGGGAAAUGCGAAUCGUAUGCGGGCAUUGCGGACUCUUUUCCCGCAAAACAAUGUCUCACGUCAAGGCCCAGCAGGCAUGGUCCGCCUUCAUCUCAGCGCCCGGACGGCUCAUACAGAGCAACCAAUUUUGUUCGCGGAGAGCGCUUUGUGUUGGGAAAAAUCUCUAGGCGACACAAAAUGGCUCAGGUAUGCGACGCGUAUGCACCAGAGGCACACACUGACUGACGUCGGCGGUGAAUUGGUGCCCGCACGACUUCGCCAACAACUCGCUAGCCACGUGGUCAUGCCCUGGACGCAGAUGAUGUGUCUGUUUGUCGAUACGUCGGUCGACCUGAAAGCAGCCGGGGAACUGCUCCGAAUCCCACGCAGACCGCUGGCGGUUGGGGACGAAUGUCUCUCCAAUGCGCUGCAUGUUGUGAUUGUGACCGAGAAAAUCCCCCCGGAAGACAUCGGGCGCCAAGUGAGUCUAUGGGAGCUCUCUCACGCCGAUAGACUCACUAUCUUGGAUUUACGUGAAAGGAGCCGGUGUUCCGAUGAUGUUGCCUUUGAACCCUUGCGUGGUCUCAUUUUGGACCGUCUUCCAGAUAUUUGGACCGCGCAGCAAUCAGACUAUCGACUAUUCUCGGCAUUGCACCUCGGUGCAUUCUGGAAGUUGAGCCUGCAACACCCACUGCACAUCCUUGACACCACGCCGUUUGAUCUGUUGGCUCACGCGCGGCGCAAUUUUGCAAAAGCCCCGGACGGCUACACCGAGGGAAAUAUUUACGGAGCCGUGGCGUCUGCGCUCCUCAUGGAUGCGUAUCCCCCGGGAAUGCACGGAUUUUCGCCGGCGGCUUUGAUGAAGAAGCUUUAUGGGGAGUGGUGGGCUGCAGAGCGGGCCGGCGAGAGACUUGGCCGCUACGGAUGCGUGUUGUCGCGAUUCAAGCAGUAUUUUGCGCAGCUCGGCCCGCUAAGAUCAUCGUCGAGCAUUCGGAAGACCACGCUCAACCGCCUCUAUCGCCAGGGCGGUGAGAACGCGCUGCGAUCCGCGGUUGUUUGUUUGGUUUGUCUAAGCCGGCCGCCCGAGCAUAUGCUGCCAUGCCGGCACGCCCUGUGCGACACGUGUGUCGUGAUCUUCGGGCAGCCCAGCGAGCUCGGCCUUAACCAUGUCAAUAUACCUGAAUGUCCUCUUUGUGGCUGCGAGAAUUAUGUUGUCAUCCGCCAACUACCUCCUACCAAGGGCCCGUUGAUUCUCAGCUUGGACGGCGGCGGGGUGAGGGGUCUGUUGCAGCUGCGGCUCCUGCGGGCGCUAGAAGAGCGCAUCGGCCUGCCCAUCAAUUCACUUCCAGACCUUUGCGGCGGGACCAGUGUCGGAGCCUUGUCCGCCAUCAACCUCUUCCUCAACGACCGAUCGCUCGAUGAAUGCCUGGAUGUGUUUCCAAGCUUUGCGCAGAGAAUCUUCCGACGCGCGAGACUCCCGGUACCUCGCUGUUUUCGAUGGAUAAUGUCCGCGUUCAAUCUGCUGACAGGUGGCCUCUAUGAUUCUUCCGAGUUAUCGGGGGCGUUGAAGGAAGCCGUCGGCCCUGAACACCACAUGUUUGCCCCUGCCAGGACAUCCCCGGCAGGCUGUCGUGUGGCAGUUGUGGCAAGUCGCACCUCGGAUGGCAAGGCAUGCGUUUUGGCCAAUUACCGGGGCUGCGGUCAGCGUGGUGCAUCUGCUGCCUAUCGAUUUUUGGUAACGAACAGUCCGGAAGGUCCGUUGCUGGCUGAUGCGGCAAUGUGCAGCGUAGCGGCCCCAUUUUAUUUCCACACCACAACCUUGCCAGAGUUUGGGCUGUUCCAAGAUGGCGGGGUGCGCGCGAACAACCCGGUUGCGAUUGCCAUGCGGGAAACAAGCGUCAUCUGGCCUUCAUCUUCGACAUUCGACCUCAUAUUAUCUGUCGGAACUGGCUUCUCGCGGUCCUCGAUCAGGCCUCAGUCGGGCCUCUUAGGGUUGCUUUGGGAAGGGGCCCUGCCUCGACUAUGGCGCGCGAUGAUGUCUUCCCCCUGUUUGGAUGGAACGCAAGGUUUUGCGGAAGCUUUGAACUAUUUCCCCCGUGACUCACAUGACAGAAUCUUGCGACUAGAUCAGGAAAUCGACGGCCCAUUGCCUCAUCUCGACGAUGUGAGCGCGCUUCAAGAAUUCUCAAUGAUGGACUUCCCCGUGAGCGACCAUAUUGUUCGCAAGGUGCUUGCCAGGGGCCUGUUCUUCUUCGAGCUAGACGAUAUCCCGGUGCGGACCCAUGCCGGCUUCUCUUGCAAAGGCUCGGUGCUGUGCUCACGACCAGAAGCGGCUCCAGUCCUUGGCCGCGUUUUCGUUGAAUUUCCUCAUGCGACGCUCCAGAUCAGUAGCGGUUGCAAGCUCGAAUGCCUGGACGUUGAGGACUGCUGUCGUACCUGUGGCCACUUCAAAAAAGGCGUCUCUUUUGCUGUGUCUAGCCUAGAGGAGAAAUUCUCCAUUCAAAUAGCCAAUGACUGCCACAGCGAAACGAUCGGCGGUUUUCCCAAAUCUUUACUGGAGUUGCUCCAGGAGCAACAAGCCUUUGAUCAUUUUGGACGCGCGGACCACCAAAAUUCCGUCUGGCCACGUAUGCGCUCCUGCAAUUGUUUUCGUCGGAGUAAAAGGAAGCUCCAAAUUGUGGAGCCUUCCGUGGCUAACAAAAAGCGACGCUUGUGA